UCGCCUACGGAACGCCAAAUUACCCCCUAAAAUUUCAGCACCUAAGCUAGGGCCAUUUAUUUUUUUUCGCAGAAAAUUAUCACCAUCCACCAACGCCAUCUAGCGGCCACGAUACGCACCUUUUUGAAAUCCCACCCACUGGAGGAGGAGCUGAAUCACUAUCGAUUCCUAUAACCAUUUCCAACCAUUAAUAUCGAUUUUAUCGUGACAGUGACAAUUACAUGUGAAUGUGUCUGUGAUUGUAAAUUUGUUUUGGUUUUCUAAACAUUCAUCAAUUACUGGUUUUCAAUAGUGUUCGCUUGUUGCAAAAACAUACCAGUUUAUCUCGCCGUUGAAAUGGACGAGGCUAAAUUAGAGUCUCAGGUCCACAGGUAUUUAAAUCUCGGUUUCCUGGUUCGAGAAAUCGCAGAUGAAGUUAAUAUGCCCUACAAGAGGCUUUGGAAAUUUAUGGCAAGAAAGCAUAUAAGUGUCAGAAAUAUGUAUAGCACAAUGUCUUCGGAAGCUCUUCAACUACUCGUGUACCAGAUCUGCACUGAGAACCAAAGGCUUGGAGUUAAAAUGGUUGUGAAUCGACUUCAUGCCAUGGGUCAUCGAUUGCAAAGAGCCAGAGUAAGGGAGGCCAUGAAUCUUAUUUUUGGAUCAAGGCAAAUGAAUAGAAGGCUGAAAAGAAGGGAAUAUAGAGUCCGUGCCCCACUAUCUGUUAUCCAUUUUGAUGGAAACCACAAUUUAAUUGGGUGGCGUUUCGUUUUCCAUGGUGGAAUAGAUGGCUUUUCACGCCUCAUAUUCUUUUUGAAGGUGGCAAAUAAUAAUAAAUCACGGACUGUCUUGGAAGGUUUUUUAGAAGGAAUAAGAAAGUAUGGUGUUCCCAGUCGCGUCAGGUCUGAUCAUGGUGGGGAGAAUAUUCUUGUCGGCAAAUUUAUGCUUACUCACCGUGGAUUAAACCGCGGUAGCUUCAUGACUGGUCGGUCGGUCCACAAUCAAAGAAUUGAACGACUAUGGCAGGACGUGUGGAACUCCUGCACUUCCAUCUUCUACGAAUUAUUUACAAAAAUGGAGCGAGAACGAGUCCUGGAUCGGUUCUCUGAAGUGGAUCUUUAUUGCCUUCAUUUAAUAUUUCUUCCAAUUAUGCAGCAACAUAUAGAAGAAUUUAUUGACGCAUGGAAUCUUCACACCAUCCGCACGGCGCCGUCCUCAAUGUCUCCCAUUCGUCUAUUUCUAAGGGGACUCACAUCUUUGAAGAGAAGAGCAGCUGCGGAAAAUAAACUGUUUAAGGAGUUAGAACAGAAUAUAGACUUUGAACAAUAUAUCGAGGAAGACGUGUCCAUCGAUACCGAAGCAGUGGAGGUUCCGGAAAUCAGAAUACAUAUUGACGAACGAGUCGAACGACGCCUAAAACGAAAAUACGGCCAUCUUCUUUGUAGACUUCCAAUCGCAAAGAAAAGAUACCUCAGACUUCGUGAAGAAGUAAUUUCUAGCUUGACUGCAUAAUUGUUUAGUCCGUCUAUUUUCAAAAACAAAUACAGAACUUUGAAUGCAAAAAUUA